AUGUCCACUAAGCAGCAAGACAAUAAUGUCAUAAUUUCUGUGGAAGACAAAGCAAGCAGUAAUGAUGCUUUUGAAUUGACCGCGAAGAGUGAAUUAACCUUUCCAUCGGAGUCGAGUUCUCUAAGUAGUAGUGACUACAAAGAUCAAAAUACAAUCAAACGAUUUGAACUAUGGGAUCAAGAUGACUUUCCUGAUAAACCACAGGAGAGAACAUGUGGUCCAAAUUUGAUAUUUCAAAAGUACGCGAGUGCUCGCAAUGCGAUAUCUAAACCGAGAGUUGAAGAAGGAGUUCUUGGCCCACUGUGUCUCUUCUUGCUCCUUCUACUUGAUGUUGCAUUCGUUGCUUUUGUCUGUGCCACCAGAAAAUUUCAAGAUCCGGAAAAUGUGACCCUUCUCUGGAUAUCGGCUAUUUUUUGGUUUGUUAUCCUCUUCAAACUUGCAAGAAGCCUUGCGCGACUUGGUCAUCAAAGAGGUGGAUGUUGCAGAAUGUUCAGCUGGGUGGCUAACCUCUGUUCCAUGAUUUGGAGAGGCACGAAACGUAUCCUUAAAGCCCCAUGGAGACGAAUCUGGGGACGCAUUGGAGGGAGCGAAGACCAAGUUAAAAGAAAGAAGAGUGUGGCUAAGAUAACUUUAGCUUUUCUGUUUAUGGGUGGAUUCACGCUUUUUUGCUUGAUCUACUACGUGAAAAAAGACAAUUUGAUUUCCUUAUCUGGAAUCGCCACCCUGAUCAUUGCUUCAAUUCUCCUUUCCCGAUAUCCUGGAAGAAUUAAUUGGAGGCCUGUCUUAAUAUGCCUCUUCCUCCAGAUGUUCCUUGCUUUCAUCACCCUCAAAACACACUUCGGUUACUAUGUCUUCGAUUUUAUGGGAAAGAAAAUAAGCGCAUUUCUUGAUCACGGAAACAAGGGAGCGACUUUUGUAUUUGGAAAUCUUCAAUGCUUUGCCUUUAGCGUCCUUCCGGUGAUUAUCUUCUUCUCCGCAUUCAUGUCUGUUCUCUUCUACCUUGGACUAAUUCAAGUCCUAAUUGAGGGACCCUCAGCGGUGUUGACAAAAUUUCUACAGACUACAGGUCCGGAAACAUUAAACGCCAUUGCAAAUAUAUUGGUUUCAAUGAAUGAAGCUCCUUUGAUAACACGACCGUAUUUACCAUUGUUGACGAACUCGGAGCUUCACGCCAUCUUUGUCAAUGGAUUUGCAUCGAUCUCGGGGUCUGUUAUGGCAGCGUUCAUACAAUAUGGCAUUCCUGCAAAUCAUCUUUUAAUUGCCUGUGUCCUAUCUGCGCCAGCAGCCCUUGCUAUAUCUAAGAUUAUGUACCCGGAAACGAAGGUUUCUCUCAUGGCUAACACCAAGUUAUCCCUCAAGCUACAAAGCCCUUAUCACAGUGUCAUAGAGGCUGCAAUGGUGGGAGCUAUGGACGCAGUACCGAUUUGUGCUGGAAUUGUUGCAAACUUGAUCGCUUUUCUCAGUAUUUACAGUUUCUUCAAUGGAAUUCUACGUUGGAUGGGUGAACGAGCUGGAUUAGUCUUUGAUCUCACCUUUGAAAGUAUAUUCUCAUACGUUCUCUGGCCAAUGACUUUCACUAUGGGCGUCCCAUUUAACGAUUCUCAAAAGGUCGCGGAACUAAUUGGACUCAAGACGUUCCUGAAUGAAUUCGUAGCUUAUAAUAGACUAGGUCUGUUCUACGAGCAAUAUUAA